CUGACUCCUUUCCACCAACCAUGUUCCUCCCCGCGGCCGCGCUUCUCUCUUGUGCGCUUGUUCUGAGCGUGGACCCAGGUCGCGGAGCAGAGAUCAUCGGAGGGGCGGAGGUGCAGCCCCACUCGCUCCCCUACAUGGCCCACCUGAAGGGUGACAAGGGCUCCUGCGGCGGGACGCUGAUCCACCCCAAAUGGGUUCUGACCGCGGCUCAUUGUGUUGGAAUGACCCAUGUGGUGUUGGGGUCUCACUCCGUCACCAACCAUGAGGAGGAGCAGCACGUGAGGCAGUACCGGAACGUGUCCCGCUGGGUCCCCCACCCCUGCUACUCUGAGGACGUUCACAUAAAUGACCUUAUGCUGCUGGAGCUGGACCGACCCGUGUUGAAGACCAAGACGGUGAAGUGGCUGAAAGUGGCUGAAGAGGUGGAGAAGCCGGGGACCUGCACCCAGUGCAUGGUUGCCGGGUGGGGAAUGACCUGCUACGACGCUAUGCAGGGCUCCAACGUGCUGAGGCACACCUCAGUCACCGUCUUCAACAGGAAAACCUGCAACUCUGCAGAGUUCUACAACAGCAGACCUCGGAUCCCCACCGGCAUGAUCUGCGCCGGCUCGCUGCCGGGGGACAUCCAGCAGAGUCCCUGGAAGGGCGACUCCGGCGGGCCGCUGGUGUGCGAUGGUGCGGUGGUGGGAGUGGUCUCGUUUGGGAUGCCAGACAAACCGGUGGUGUUCAACUUCCUCUCCAUAAAGCGCGUCGAGUGGAUCCGGAAGACUAUUAGCAACUGCUGAACCUUCAGUGUUAAUAAAUUCACCCGUUAGAGCAUCAGUCACUCUGUUCGUCUGUCACA